UACCAUACUGUUCUCUGUAAAAAGUGCACACAGUGGGUCUCAUCCACCAUCACAACCCAAAAGGCCAAAACAAAACCUAUAAUCCCAUCAUACAUUUAUUCAAACUCUCAAUAAUUUUAAAACAAAAAGCUCCUACCCAUGGUCUCAUCCCACAAAAAUUUGGCCAACGUUAUAGGAGGAAAAACGGCUAGAGCUUGUGAUAAUUGUAUAAGAAAGCGUGCUCGGUGGUAUUGUGCCGCCGAUGACGCUUUCUUAUGUCAAUCAUGUGAUGGAUCAGUUCAUUCGGCCAACCCUUUGGCUCGCCGACAUGAACGUGUCCGAUUAAAAGUUGCUUCCUUAAAGCUUUCUUCUUUAGAUAAACCUGCCCCGCUACCGUGGCCCCAGGGUUUCACUAAGAAACCCAGGACGCCACGGGGCGGGAACAGGCAUGCGUCUCGACAGACGCCAAAAUCCGAAGAAAGCAGCAUGAGUUUCAACUUCAAUCCUCUUCACUUAGUCCCGGAGAUUGGAAGUGAUGAGAUGACCACUGUUACAUCUGAAGAACAGCUUCUGUAUCAAGUUCCGGUGUUUGAUCCGUUUGAAACCGAACUUUGUCUAUCUGGGAAUUCGAAUUCGAAUGAGACCGCGAUACCUGUGAAGCAAACCGAGGUGACAACUGAUCCAGUAGAUGUUGAUCAUCAUCAUCAUGAAAAUAAAGUGAUGGUGGAUUUGAAUAGUUUAAACGGGUUAAUACUUCCAUCCGACGUGGAACUAGCUGAGUUCGCUGCUGACGUGGAGAGUUUACUGGGAAAAGGUCUAGAUGAAGAAUCAUUUGCUAUGGAGGGAUUAGGGUUGCUUGAUUGCAGAGAGAAAGAGAGUAUGGAGAGAGUGAAAGUCGAAGAAGAAGAUGAUCAUAUGCAGUGUGACAUAUUAGAAAGUGAGAUAGAGAUGAUGAGAGAGCCGUUUCAGUUAAGUUUUGAUUAUGAUUCACCGUUAUGGGAUGAGAAAGUGGUGGUUGAAGGUGGUGAUUGUAUGCAUAUGGGUGUGGUGAAAGUGGAUGAAGAAGAAGAUGAUCAUGUUAAUAAUGUUCAUAUUGUACAAAAAGAUGAUGACGAAAAUAAGAAGAAUAAAAGAAUAUUGAAGUUAGAUAACUAUGAAGGAAUCAUUGCUGCUUGGGAUGAGCAAAGAUCACCGUGGACCACCGGUGACCGACCGGAGUUAGAUUGGCCUGAAUGCUUGGAUGGGAUAAUGCAUCAUCAUCAUCCUUAUGGAGAUAUGGGGAUGAUGACAGGGAAUCCGGCAAUGUUAGAUGGAGGGAGAGAGGCGAGGGUGUCGAGGUAUCGAGAAAAGAGGCGAACGAGAUUGUUUUCGAAGAAAAUAAGGUACGAGGUUCGGAAAUUAAACGCUGAGAAGAGGCCUAGAAUGAAAGGAAGAUUUGUGAAGAGGGCAUCUUCUUCAGGGUUUCCUUUGCUUAGCAAAUAACUAACAGUUGACAUGUAUAUCUUGCUAACACUACAUAUCCAUCUUCAAGUUUUGUAUGGUAUUAAGCUUUGUGCUUAAUUAGGUCUUCCUAAUUAAGAAUGUUCAUAAGAAUUAAUAAUCAAUAUAUGAAAUCAAUUUUGUUUUGCAAUUA